AUGAAUCAUUCGUGCCGAUGGAACCAGUUUCAAGGCGGUCUUCCCCAGAGGAACAUCUCAAAGGGGCCAUCUCCAGACCUACCACUUGACUUUUUGAAGAAAAUGACAGAUAACUUUUCCGAUGAACGACUGAUUGGUAAAAGUGCAUUUGGAAAUCUUUAUAAGGGUAUUCUGGCAGAUGGUACAAUGAUUGUUGUGAAGAAGCUUGCAGAAAAUUCUCCGAUCGCACGUGACAAAACAUUUUCUAAUGAAGUUCAAAAUAUCAUGGCUCUCCGACACGGCAAUAUUGUGAAGUUAGUCGGCUUUUGUCAUGAAGGUCAAAAGAAAAUAGUGCAGAAAGAGGGAAGGUAUAUUCUUGCAGACAUUUAUGAAAGUUUACUCUGCUACGAAUAUUUACCUAUGGGAAGUCUUCACAAAAAUCUUUUUGAAUCUAACGGCAUGGACUGGAACACUCGGUUCAAAAUAAUUAAGGGGAUCUGCCAAGGCUUACUUUUUCUACAUAGAGUUGGCAUUAUCCAUAUGGAUCUGAAGCCUCAAAACAUACUGUUGGGUGAUGAUAUGGAACCGAAAAUUGCGGAGUUUGGUAUCUCGAGAUUACUUGAUCCAGAACUAACACGGUUAAAUACCCAAGAUGUCAUGGGGACAUAUGGAUACAUGGCUCCAGAAUAUCUACACAGAGGAGAAUUCUCCACCCAGUCAGACAUAUAUGGUUUAGGUGUACUAAUCUUGGAGACCACUACAGGAAAGAAGAAUGGCAAGAAAGACUCAUGUGGAAGAGAAUACAUAUAUGAAGUACACUGUAAAUGGACGGAUGAUUAUAUAGCGUCAAAGCACCGUUCGCUCGAUGGAGAUUUCUUGCAGCAGAUAAAAGCAUGCAUUCUUCUCGGACUAAAAUGUGUGCAUAUUGAUAGGAAGAUGAGACCUUCCAUAGAAUACAUUGUUGACACGCUCAAUGGACUGACAAGCUGCUACAGUUGUCCUUUGAUCGCUCCAGAGCCUUUGGCAUACUCCAGUAGGCCUCUGAUCAUGAAACCUCCAGAGCCUUUGGCAUGGUCCAGUAGGCGUCUGAUCGUGCAACCUCCAAAGCUCCGCUUCUCUUUUGAGCCAAAAAGGUUGAUCUCCUGCUCGUUUUCUCUAACGAACACGACAGAUGGUCAUAUCGCCUUCAUGCUUGUAACGGAAAAUCCGAGGAUCUACCUUACAAAGCUACCGCUUUGCGGUCUUGUGCUGCCAAAUUGCAUCUACACCAUAAAUGUGACCAUGCGCGAGCAUAAGGAGCAGCCAUCAAGAACUGGCGAGUUUCUAACCCUCCGGAGCAGUACGGCACGUGAGGAGCAACUCACGAAUGCCCACCCAGAUUCCUUAGCCGGUGAUGAGGUGAAAGAGGUGAGGCUGUGUGUUGUUUGUGACCCACAAGAGGGUACAACCUCAAAUCAGUCGAUCCAAUCAGCAGCAGAGAUCAUAGCCAGUCAAAACUAUCGGCAGGUGCUGUCUGUGGACGUGCACUCAAACAAACCAUGGAUCUUGACGAGCAACUGGAGGGGUUGCGUUUGCAUUUGGAACUACCAGACCAAGACAGAGGAGAAGUACUUUGAAGUCAGCGCAGACGAACCAGUAUUUUCGGCAACAUUCAUUGAGCGAGAGGAAUGGCUCGUGGCUGGUGGUGGAGAUGGGUACAUCUACGUGUACAGAUAUGACACAAUGGAAGAAAUCAAGAGCUUCGAAGCUAAUGAUGGUCGUGACAUCAGGUCUUUGGCUACAAGUCCAACUCGCACUUUUUUGCUGUCGGCAUCAGACGAUCACAUGAUAAAGAUCUGGGACUGGAAGGACAGCUGGAAGUGCAUGCGGACGUUUCUAGGCCACGGUAACUGUGUCACGCAAGUAAUGUUUGACCUGAACGACAGCAACAGCUUUGCCAGUGCUUCCUUGGAUCACACGAUCAAGAUGUGGGAUAUUUACUCUACGACGUGCAAUGCCACGUUAGACGGACAACCUGAUGGUGCGCUCUGCCUUCAUUACCUCACAGAUAGGAAUGAGCAGCGUUUACUUUGUGGAUAUCUGGAUGGUGCUGCAAAGAUCUGGGAUCCGGAGAAAGAAUGUUGUAUUAGUGCGGAGGGAGGGAAUGCAAAGAGUGUCAAUGCUCUUUGUUGGCACCCCAAACUUCGUGUAGUAAUUACAGGUUCACUUGAUGGGACAGCACAAAUCUGGAAGUCCACUAAAACUGGAUACAGGCUUGAGAAUGUAAUUGGUUUCAACCUCGGUGCAGUUAACGCUAUUGGAUACAUACAGGGAUUAACAAGGAUUGUAGUUGGAUGUGAACAAGGAAUAACAAUGAUGGAAAUAAAUUUCCCGCAAAAGGAAGGCAUCGUGCACCAGGAGAAAAACAACAAAAAUGAUCUUGAGAGUGUGUACGACAGUACGUGGCUCCGUGAAUGUGACCUCACCUCAGAACGUCGUUCUAACAAGCUUCGGUUAUUUAAAAAAUAG